UUCAUCACAGCUUCUCCGAGUACUGGAGCUUCGCUCUCUUAUCACUUCAGCACCAGCAGCCAUGGCCGACAUUAAAACAGGCAUCUUCGCCAAAAAUGUCCAGAAAAGGCUCAGCAGGGCGCAGGAAAAGGUGCUGCAAAAGUUGGGGAAAGCUGAUGAAACGAAAGAUGAACAGUUUGAACAGUUUGUCCAGAACUUUAAAAAACAGGAGGCUGAAGGAAGCAGGCUACAGAGGGAAAUGCGAGCUUACUUAACUGCUGUCAAAGGGAUGCAGGAGGCCUCAAUGAAGUUAACGGAGUCCCUUCAUGAGGUGUAUGAGCCAGAAUGGUAUGGGAAGGAUGAUGUUAUGACCAUUGGGAAGAACUGUGAUGCCCUCUGGGAAGAUUUCCAUCAAAGACUGGUGGAUGGAGCACUUAUCACCCUGGACACCUACCUUGGACAGUUCCCAGAUAUAAAAACACGUAUUGCAAAGAGGAGCCGGAAAUUAAUUGAUUAUGACAGCGCCAGGCAUCACUUAGAGACCAUGCAGAAUUCCAAACGCAGAGAUGAAGGUAAAAUCACAAAGGCAGAAGAAGAGUUCAACAAGGCACAGAAGGUAUUUGAAGAGUUUAACAAUGAUUUACAAGAGGAGCUGCCAUCUCUCUGGGACAGUCGAGUUGGUUUCUAUGUGAACACUUUCAAAAAUGUUACAAACCUGGAGUCAAAGUUCCACAGGGAAAUCGCAGUGCUGUGCCAUAAGCUUUACGAAGUGAUGACCAAGUUGGGAGAACAGCACGCAGACAAAGCCUUCACCAUCCAAGGAGCACCAAGUGAUUCGGGCCCACUACGGCUUGCCAAGACUCCAUCGCCCCCAGAGCAAGUGUCGCCUCCUGGCAGCCCUGAAGCUAGCCCCAACCACAUGCUGGCCCCCGCCUCGCCUGCACCCGCGCGCCCCAAAUCUCCAUCACAGCUCAGGAAGGGGCCUCCAGUGCCCCCUCCUCCAAAGAUCACCCCAACCAAGGAGCUGCACCAGGAGCAGAUCAUCAGCCUGUUUGAUGACAACUUUGUCCCUGAGAUUAGUGUUACCACACCUUCACAGAACGUAGCGCCAGAGCCUGUGAAAGAGGAAUCUCUACUAGAUCUGGACUUCGACCCAUUCAAACCAGACUCAACAACACCAGUUGGAAGGAUGCAGUCUGCCAUCUCAGAGACAUUACCAUGGGAUUUGUGGACGGCAAGUUCGGGUCCUCCCCAACCUCCUGACUCUUCAAAAAGUCUUUCUCUCUGUAACCUCGCUAUGGAUGACAGUGCUCAAGGUCACAAUGCAGAAGACAUUACCCGGUCACAUUCGGACCAGGGUUCGAGCAGCAGCUUUGCCACAAACUGGGCCACAGAGUUUAGUGUUCCAAGUGAUGGAGGGGUGGCCUCCCUGGAGUAUGGAGAAUCCGAGCUGCCUCCUCCACUUCCAUCUUCCCAGGGGGAGCAAGAGACCAUGGAAGAUGUUAGCCAGUUAUUUACACACUCUGGGGAGGCUGUAGAGGGCCAGGGAGAGAAAGGGCAUGCCUGGCCACCAGCGGACAGCUGGGAAGAGGCAACCCAGGAGGAGAAGGAGGGAGAUGCUGCAGGAGCGGAGGUGUCCAACAAUGCUUUUAACGGAUUCUCCCAGCUGGACACUGGGGUUUCCGUGUUUACCUCUGAUUCCAACCAGAGUGUUUUUGAUGCAAUGCCUGCAGCUGAGGCUGCUGCCCCUGCUGUGGACACUGUGGCCCCAGAGCCCGUCCCCGAGCCCAGUCAGGAGCCUCUCCCUGCUGAGCUUGCUGAGCCAGCGGAGAAGGCAGCGGAUGUCACUGAGGCUGAAGUCAAAGAGUCUGCAGUGAGCUCUGAUGUGCAGCCUGCUGAGAUUUCAGCAGACGAUGUUCAAAGUGAUUCUCCUUCUGCAGUUGCUCCGGAAACUGAUACCACAGAAGAUGCAGAAAAGGAAUCUCCCCCAACACCAGCUGUGGCUUCAGCAAUGGAUGCAGAGUCUCUGAAAGAACAGGCUCCGUCAGGAUGGGAAACGAAACUAUUCAUGACAUUCUGCUGUUCAUAUCAACACAGAUACUACCAGAUUAAAAAAGAGGAGAAGAUGCCUAUACCCUCAGUGGUCAUUGAACCAGCAUCCAACAAUGAAGGGGAGGAGGAGGACCUGCAGACAGAAGGGGUGUCCAAGGAAGAGGUGUCCAAGGAAGAGGCCGCAGCUGAUGGCGAGGCCAGUGUCAACAGCGCUGUUCAAGAAACAGGAGCUUCUUCACCACCUGCCGAGGACAGCCAGCAGGUUAACAAAACUGUUGAUGUGGAAGCUCCUGGAGCCGUGCAGCCCUCUGCAGAGACAAAGACUGAGCCUGCUUCUGCCCAAAGCCUGCCUCCAGGAUUCCUCUUCAAGGUGGAAGCAUUGCAUGACUUUGAAGCUGCAAACACAGAUGAGCUGAACUUGAAGAAGGGAGAUAUUGUAUUAGUUAUCCCUUCUGAAACUGUGGAGGACCAGGAUGCCGGAUGGCUGACAGGAAUCAAAGAACCCGACUGGUUACAGAAUGGGGACAUUACUCAGAAGGGACUCUUUCCAGAGAACUUCACUCAGCGCCUAGAGUAAAGCACUGUUCCACAGAACCUACAGGAGGCGUAACCAGUCAGAAUGACUUCAGAACAAAACCAGCUCAGACUGCUGUCUGUGAUGUUGUGGGGAAUCCUUUAUCAGACAUUUGAAAGUGGGUGAUUUUUGAAACGACCCUAAAGAGUGGACACAGUAAGAGAAUAGAUAAAUUAGCAAAGAAAAUAGCAGAGCAUGAUGCAAGGCUGUGGUCUAACAUUCUUCUGAAAUCAAUAAAUGAGUAUGUUUUUGUUUGUUUACCUGUAAAGCAGCAACACAUUUAUUUGUGCUUUGUUGGAGCUAUGGUGAUCCCACAUGUAACCCCUAACUGUGAAGACAAAUGAAAUUCCUCCUUAAGAAAAAAUGACCUUAUCUUUUCUGCACUAAGUGUAUUGUAUUAAUUUUGUUGCUCUGCAGCAGAUUUUAUCAGUAAUCUGUGGUGGUAUAUCCUAUUUAAAACUUAAGUGUUACACAGACUUUUAAAUGUUUUAUUUCAGACAUAAAUGUUAUCUUGCAUUGUUGUUAGUGUUCUCUGUAGUUUUAAGGCUGAAUGUGUGGCUAAGAUGACAUUUGGUUGAUUUUACUCAUGAGCAAGACUUGCUGCUCUUUUGCCAAAACAAAUAUAUCAAUUAAGGUACUGGGUGUAUAAUACAAUUCUAACAUAGUGUAAAAUGGACUAUUGUUUGAAAGAAACAAAACACAAACUAAGCAAAUGUAGCAAUCUAUACAGCAGUGACUCCCCAGUCAUAAAAUCACAGAAUAGAACUGGAAAGGUAUUUUCCUAACAUCCAAAUAUAAUCUUCAAUCAAAGUCAUGCUGGAAAAGUAUACAAACUUCUUGAGUUGUGUGUUCCAUUACAUUUUAUGUAUUUAUUUUUUUUAAUUGACAGACUAUUGGAGAGGUGAUGGGGUUAGAAAUUGGUUAUGCAAUACGUUUAACUGUUAAUAUAGUUUCCUUUGUCUUAUCUGGUCACUUACAGAUGAAUUUCCAUUCUAGUGUACGUAGUCUCAUAAAUCUUUUUGUGAUGUACAUGUUCAUGUUUAUUUAUUUAAAAGUGAAUAAAGAAUAGUUCUUAAACACAUCAGUCACAAACAUCCAGUUCAUUCCGUAGGCAUGCUUUCAUCUGCGUUUGUUGAUUUCAAAUGGUAGGAUCGACAUACAGAAAUUCGGUUUUAUUCGUUGUCGUUGGCGCCACCUUCUGGCAACAUCAGCGAUAACUUGUUUUCUAAAGCAAGAAUAGUCACAUGUUUUUCUCCUGAACUACUAGAACUUUGGAAACGAUCUUCGCUACAAUAUGAUCCUUAGUAUAAUUUAGCCUAAAGCUUGACCUUACAUUAAGUUAAUAACAAUAGAAUGUAUAUUACAUUAGAAUUAAUCUGUCCUAUGACAGUUGUCAUCAGUUUUUGUUUGCCAAACGUAGACCAUUUAAGAAAAAGAGUAAUAUAAAUUACUCUUUAUAAUUAAAGUAAUAUAAAUCUUACGCUAGAAGGCGAUUAACGGCUAUUAGUUUUAAUACUAAGCAGGUUAUAGUAACGCAAAUUCGGUCUCAAAUUCUCAAGUGAUUUAGCUAUGAAUAGUUUAUAUAUAUAAAUGCAGUGUGAAAAAAAAUAUGUAACAUCCUGUUAGUAAUAACAGCCUUAAAAGUAUCAUAAAUGUAAUGGUAAGGUUUGCCAUGAUAAAUAAUUAAUACACACUCGCUGACCUACUGUAAGUAUUGGCGCCCGAGUUAAUUCACAACCAUUACUGCUACUGUGCUGAAUAAGUUUUCAGUAAAUCUUGAAAUCAUAAAUAUGGUUUUCUAAUUAGGCCUGAAAUUACUUAAUAAAUACAAUUGCUCCAAAUUACCUCUGGAACACUUAGAAUGCCCAUACCCUUAAAAUGAUGUAAAAUAUAGAAUCAGAAACCUAACUUUGACAGACCCUCUAUUCAAGACUGAAUUCAUACUGUAGGUCUUUACAUUUCUAAGAGAUAUCCGAAUCUUAUUAAACAUUUAAGCAGAAUUACAUUACAGAAAACAUAUAUUUUUUCGUUACUCUUUACCUUUCACUGAAUACUCUGUCCGUUACAUAGAUAUGUUGUCAAAAAGAUAUGCAAAAUGAAUUGCAGAUUUCUUCAGAAAUGGUAAUCGUUUCAACAAAGAUCGCAUUCCAAUUCAUUUCAUAAGUGUUCCUUCCUGAGGAAUUCUAGAUACAGUUAUACCUAAACUUUUAAGACAGAUAUUGAUUUGGUGAAGGCUAAAAACCACUUAAUACAUGUUAAUAUUAAAUUAACGUUAAAACCGUGGGACCAAGUGACAAGCCCAGUGUUAUCCGGUUUUACUGAAGCGGAAAUUACGCCAUUAUCAGUGAAGAACUGUCCAUGGUGCUGAUCAACUGGGCUUCAGAAAUCCAGUUUCAGGGCUCAGCUUAAAAAGUAAAAUUAUAAAACAAAGUGUGGUACUGUACCUUCUUUAAAUUAUACACUUCAUUUUUAGUAUAUAGACGAGAUAAUUUCGUUAACAUUAUUUAAAAUAAUUGAACAAUCCCUAAAAUCAUCGAUUGUGAUUAACGGAAACUAGUAUUGACUGCAAAACCAUAAAAA